AUGUUUUCCCUCUCCACUUUCCAUUCGCUCUCUCCUCCCGGAUGCAGACCGGCGGCCCAUGACAUCAGCCUGGAGGAGUUUGAUGAUGAGGACCUGUCUGAGAUCACUGACGACUGUGGGAUUGGCCUCAACUAUGACUCGGACCCCUAUGAGAAGGACUCUCUGAUCCUGGAGAAGAGCGACCUCCACCACCCAAUCUGCUCCUUCCAGGACGACUUCCAGGAGUUUGAGAUGAUCGACGAUGAAGAGGAGGAGGAGGAAGAGGAGGACGAUGAAGACGCACCCCCCUCACCCUUCGGCUCUCCGCCUCCCUCACCCACUUUCGGCACCCUGAAGAGCCGGCCCACCACCCUGAACCUGACCACCGCUGUGUCACAGGACUCGCUGAACAACAACAGCAGCCUCUCCCCAAAGAAAGGAAGCUGGCAGGACUCUCUACGGAACCCGACAUCACAGGGCAAUCUGUCUCCUACCCACUCAUGUCUGGAGGACGGCAGCCACGUCACAGGCCAGUGCCCAGCCUCUCCGAUCAUCCAGGCACCGGGGCCCCAGAACAAAGGUUCAUUCGGUCACCACAAAUCCCAUGGCGAAAUCAAAGCCGAUCCUUCCAUCCACAAAAACAGGGUAUCCUCUGUGGACGAGAACUCGCAAUGUUCUGACACUGAGGUGGACCACGACUUAAACAGCGACCACAAUCUGAAGCACUCCAACAACAGAUGCCCCACAGACACCUACACUAUCACCAGCGAGUCCGCCAUGGAGCCUGAGACGGACAUGGAUCCAGAUGGAACCAGCCGCUGCCUGUCUUCCACCGCACCCAUGGGAACCACCGAAGGAGCAGAUACCCCGCUGUCUGACGAAGAGCUGGACAAGGACUUUGAAGCUGAGUGUAAUAACUUGUGCAAGGAAAACCGUUCAGCAUAUGUGGAAUUCCCUCCUAUCGAGCCGUCCCAGCCUGCAACUUACUCAACUUACCUGUCCUCCAAAGUCAUUGAUGCCUCUUACAAUUCCAUCAAUGGUUCAUUGGUUCCUGGAAUGCAAGCUCCGGCAAACGAGUACACCUCCCCAUCUUCAGACCCUGGGAUUGCGGACAUGAACCAGCAAGGAUACAUGAACUCAGAUCGUGAUAGAGAUUUAAGUUCUCCGGGGUCGGACUCAGAAGUGGAAGAAGAGAUUGAAGAAGCCUUCGCUAACGGGCCAGUGGUCUCCAAUAUGAUCUCUUCUAUCUCUGAAACGGAAAUCGAUUUGACAAGCGAUGAAAGCAGCAGUGGACGCUCCUCCCAUCUUACGAACUCCAUCGAAGAAGCCAGUUCUCCUACGUCAGACCAGGAACUUGAUCCAGACACAGAGUUGGAACAGGAUAGCGGCAUUGUCGGACUGAAAGAAACUCUUCUCCUCGGUCAACCCGAUCCUAUCAAAGAAGGUUCCAUGGUUCCGUCGCCAUCUCCAUUGCCAUCUCCCACUAUUGCUACCCCAGAUUCCCCACUUCUACCUCCUGAACCCUACCAAGAGAACUCGGAGGAUGAGCAAAGUUGUGAGCACCAAGCAGAUCCAGAUGAGACGCUACCCCCAGCAGAACUCUGCGAGGACAGUCUUUCCCGACAGAUGGUCCUCCAGAUAGAACCAGACCACGGCUUGGAAAGUUUCAAACGUUCUUUUUACCUUCCAGUAGGUCCAAGACUUGUGCCCAGUUCAGAAGACUACGAUGGGACGAGCGAGGGAGAGUCUGAUUCAGACAGCGAGGAUGAAUUAAGCGAGAACUCUGAUUCUCCAUGGCUGCUUAGUAACCUUGUGAACAGGCUGAUGUCAGAAGGUUCAUACCCAAUCAGCUGUCCGGAAGAGUGCUUGAAGAGGAAGCCAUCAAUGUCCGAUACGAUCUCACCAUCUUCAGAUAUCGGAGACGGGGAUCUUGCUGAUGAAGAUACGGACGAAAGUCAAGAUGUAAAGGAAGCAGGAACUAGAACAGUCCCAAAUCUGUACUUGACCAAUCUGAUGGAACAACAAGCAAGGGCUUCGGAGAAGAACAAGUCUGACAGGUUAUGUAAGAACUCAAGGCAGGAGGAAGAAGUAGAAGAGCCCAAUAAUGACUUGAUGAUGCUGCAGCAAAGGAGGGAUCUCGACUCACCCAGCCUCACAGAGAGCGUGAUUAGUGACAAGGACGAAGGUAGAGAAACAGACCCCCAGGUCACCACGCGAUCGUCGGCUUCCCUCGAGCGCAUUACAGAGGUGAAAAACAGCUUGACCCUGGAUCUGCCCACCUCCCAGACCAACCGCUGCUUUAGCCUCACAUACUCUACAGACAAUGAUGAAGAGGAGGACAAUGAAGAGUCGUACCCUUACCUGACCAACACGAAGAGUCAGACGUCUUACAGGCAGAGUGGCCUGGAGUUAGACAGUUCACCUCCUAUCGACUGCAGUGUUCCGGAGCCUGUGCCCACUGACCAUGACCUUCCACUGUGUGCGAGAGAACAGCAGCAGAGCGAGGACGAUGGACUGGCCUAUGACUCCAUGAAGUACACUCUGGUGGUGGACGAGAACACCACUCUCGAACUGGUCAGCCUCAAAAGAUGCACCUCAGUCCUCAGUGACGACAGUGAGCUCUCUACAAUCUGCGAUGAGGAGCCGCUGAGGUCCAGAGAUGGGAUCUACGGCAGAGAGGAUGAAGAGGAGGAAGGCCGGCCUGAACUCAGCUCCUCUGAAGACUCCUCUCCUGAAGCAGACCUGCCGUUCUCCAAGAAGUUCCUCAACGUCUUUGUCAACAGCACCACGCGCUCGUCCAGCACAGAAUCUUUUGGCUUGUUUUCCUGCACCAUCAACGGGGAAGAGCGAGACCAGACUCACAGAGCGGUCUACAGGUUCAUACCAAGACAUGCAGACGAGCUGGAGCUGGAUGUGGACGACCCUCUGUUUGUGGAGGAAGAGGAGGAUGACUACUGGUACAGAGGCUACAACAUGCGCACGGGGGAGAAGGGCAUCUUCCCAGCCUUCUACGCCACCGAGGUCAUGAGCCAGGCCAAAGAUGCCAUUGGAGUGAAGAGGAACCCAGCCUGGAUGGAGACUUUCUGUGUACAGUUCCUGGGGUCAGUGGAGGUCCCUUAUCACCAAGGAAACGGCAUUCUGUGCGCGGCCAUGCAAAAGAUCGCCAUGUCUCGGAAGCGGACGGUGCACGUGCGGCCGCCCUCUCUGUGUGAGCUGGAGAUCAGUCUGCAGGGAGUGAAGCUCAUCAUGAGUCUGGAGGACGACUACGACUCCUUCAAUGAGUUCGACAGAUGUAGUCACUUCUUCCAGAUGAAGAACAUCUCGUUUUGCGGCUGUCAUCCCAGGAAUAACUGCUACUUCGGCUUCAUCACCAAACACCCCACGCUCAGCCGCUUCGCCUGCCACGUAUUUGUGUCCCAGGAGUCCAUGCGCCCCGUAGCAGAGUGUGUCGGACGGGCCUUCCAAGAGUACUACCACGAGCACCUGGAGUACGCCUGCCCCACAGAGGACAUCUACCUGGAGUAG